UUGGAUUGGUUGGCUCUGUGUGCUAUCAGUUUACAUCUCGAUUGGAUCGGGUUAUGGGCUGUAGUUUGUGAUUACCUGCCUGAAAGGAGAGAGAAUGCAAUAGGAUAGAAAGGAAGGACCUUUUGAACACAGCGAAUGCGAAGAGCCUGAGACAAAUGCAACACAAUUCUCUUUAAGAUCAGUGACCUCAGCCAGAACAUGAGAACAUUUUGAUGUGCUGGUGUUGUGUCCAGAGCCUGGGUUGGAGAGAGAAAGGAAGAAACUUUACAACGAGUGGAGGCUGCAGGAUGAAGAGGAGAGCAUCAGACAGAGGAGCGGGUGAAUCUUCCACUCGAUCCAAGGCUCUUUGUGUUGGUAUCUCUGGGAGCAACAGUAAAAGAGCUGGACCGUUCAUUUUGGGUCCUCGCUUGGGAAAUUCGCCUGUGCAGAGCAUUGUUCAGUGUUUGGCGAGAAAAGAUGGAACAGAUGACUUCUAUCAAUUAAAGAUUCUCACACUUGAAGAUAGAGGUGAGAGGGGGAUGGAAACUCAGGAAGAGAGGCAAGGGAAGAUGCUUCUGCACACUGAGUACUCGCUUCUCUCCCUUCUUCACAGUCAGGAUGGGGUGGUCCAUCACCAUGGACUCUUUCAGGAUAGGGCUAUUGUGGAGGAGUGUGAAGUGAGCAAGCUUGUUCGAAGGAUGAAGAAAAGGAUCUGUUUGGUUCUGGACUGCCUCUGCGCUCACGACUUUAGCGACAAAACUGCAGAUCUUAUCAACUUACAGCAUUAUGUCAUCAAGGAGAAAAGACUCAGUGAGCGGGAAACCAUUGCAAUAUUUUAUGACGUGGUGCGGGUAGUGGAAGCUUUACACAAGAAGAACAUUGUGCAUAGAGACCUGAAGCUGGGAAACAUGGUGCUAAACAAAAGGACCCACAGAAUUACCAUCACUAACUUCUGCCUUGGAAAGCACCUGGUGAGUGAGGAUGAUUUGCUGAAAGAUCAGCGGGGGAGCCCUGCCUACAUCAGCCCAGAUGUACUGAGUGGCCGGCCUUACCGGGGUAAACCCAGUGACAUGUGGGCACUGGGUGUGGUGCUCUUUACCAUGCUCUACGGACAGUUCCCCUUCUAUGACAGCAUACCUCAGGAACUUUUCAGGAAAAUCAAAGCAGCUGAAUACACUAUCCCAGAAGACUGCCGCGUGUCAGAAAACACGGUGGGUUUGAUUCGAAAGCUGCUGCUGCUUGACCCACAGCAAAGACUAACGGCUACUGAGGUGCUGGAUUCACUGAGCUCCAUCAUAGCUACAUGGCAGUCCUUGUCAGCGCUCAGUGGUCCUUUGCAGGUGGUACCAGAUAUUGACGAUCAAGUCAACAAUCCAGAAACUUUACAAGAGGUGAAAGUCACGGAAGAAUCUUCGCAAUAUGACUUUGAGAAUUACAUGCGGCAGCAGCUGAUGCUAGCGGAGGGAAACGCUCUGCACGAGGUCAAGAGUUUUGUUCACAAACGUCAGUUUAGCAACAUCCCUCCAGUGAGGCGCCUGGGCCACGACGCUCAGCCCGUCAACCCCCUGGACGCAGCCAUCCUCGCACAGCGCUACCUACACAACUGACGGCAGGAAACCCAAUGUGCACUUCUGCACAGCAAUCCUCACGCCACGUACCGAUCCUGAGCAAUAGAGAUCUGUCACUUAUAUGUAGCAAAAUGGACAGGUGUUUGUCAAAGGAUAAUUGUACUGAUUGGAAAUCAAACCAAUUUUUUAAAGAAAAAAAUUGGAGAACGGACAUCACAGUAUCGUGGGGAGUCGUAGAUAUUUUAGUUUUACUUUAUGUAAUCUACCUCUUCAUUUAUAACUAAGACAUAUGAUCUUGGAGUUAUAGAUUAGAGACUCGGCUGAGGCCUUUGUCGUAUGCUUCGGACUCUUGAGAGACUAGUACUGCAGAGAUUGUGAGAGCAUUAAAAUUGGGUGCAUUUGCCUGUGUUUUGCAUGGGGUGGAA